AUGGCUUCGUCCUCCCCGAGCAGCACCCGUCCGACGGUGAUGAUCCGCCAGGGCACUCUUGAAGGCACGAUCAUAGAUGCAGUGGCACGGCCAAUCGAAGGCUUCCUCGGCGUCCCAUAUGCGCUGCCACCGACAGGCGAGCGCCGUUUCCGACCACCGGUGCCCGUAGCGACGUCGUCGGCCGUCAUCGAUGCCUCCAAGUUUGGCCCAGCAGCACCGGGCAAGCCGCUCCGGCCUGGUACCAACCUCACGUAUUCCGAAGACUGCCUGACGGCCAACAUCUUCCGCCACGUGCCGGACUCUGAGACGGCAACAAAGCUGCCGGUCGCCGUCUACAUACACGGAGGGGCCUUCAACCGGGGCACAUCUUCUAGCCACAAUACCGCGUCUUUUCUGGCAAAUUCAGCCGAGCCCUUUAUCGUGGUAUCCUUCAACUACCGUCUAGGAGCCCUUGGCUUCCUUCCCUCGGCGCUGAGUGCCAAGGAAGGCGCCCUGAACCUCGGUCUCCGCGACCAGAUCCUGCUGCUGGAGUGGGUGCAGGAGAACAUUGUGGCCUUUGGCGGCGAUCCGAACAACGUGGCCAUCUUUGGCAUCUCGGCCGGCGGCCACUCUGUCGGACACCACCUCUUCAACUACAAGGACGGCGUGGCUCCUCUGUUUCACCGGGCGCUGUUGGAGUCGGGCGCCACGACGUCUCGAGCGGUGCGGCCGUACGAUGCACCCGUUCACGAGGCACAGUUCAGCGAUCUGCUAAAGGAGGUAGGCGUGCCGGAGUCGUUGCCGGAAGAUCAGAUCUUCAGCUUCCUUCGCAAGGUGCCCGAGGACGUGAUCACGGCGGCGCAGACAGCCGUGUUCGACAAGUACAACCCAUCGUUGCGCUGGGCCUUCCAGCCGGUCAUCGACGGUGACAUCAUCCCGCGCGCGCCUCUCGAGUCGUGGAUGCUGGGCCGCUGGCACAAGAUGCGCAUCAUGACCGGCUUCAACGGCAACGAGGGCUCGCUCUACGUCGACAAGAAGAUGGACGAGCCGGAUCAGUUUGUCCACUUCUUCCACGAACUGCUGCCGCUGCUGACCGAUGCCGAUCUCGAGGCCAUCGACCGGCUGUACCCCGAUCCGACCAAAUUUCCCGAAUCUGCCUACACCGAGACCCGCGAUGGCUACGGCCUCGGCUCGCAGUACAAGCGCAUCGAGGCUGCCUAUGGCCACUACGCCUAUGUCGCGCCCGUACGCCAGACGGCCGAGCUGGCUUCGGCCGGCCAGGAGUCCCCCGUCUUUCUCUACCACUGGGCUCUCAUCUCCACCGUGCUCAAUGGUGCCCAGCAUGCCGACAACUUGAACUAUGAAUGCCGUGAUCCUAUCGUGGUCGACAGGUCGCCAGCCCAGGCCGAGGUGGCCGGCCAUAUGCACGCCUACAUCACUAGCUUCCUUCUCCACGGUUGUCCAAACAAGGUGCGCGGCGAGUAUUCCGACCGGCCCAAGUGGGAGGCUUACACGCCGGCGAAGCCAAAGACGCUGAUCUUCGGCCUGGGAAACGAGGAGCUUAUCGGCGGGCCUGUCGGCACGGCGUCGCAGUGUGUCGAGGACACUUGGGCACGCAAGGAGAGCGAGUUUUGGUGGAGCAAGGUCGACGUCUCACAGCAAUAG